UCCUCUUGCACACUACCCUUUCCCAUGCUGUUCCUCAUCUCCUCGCUCAUCUCGACCGUGGGGCUCCUUGUCAAGCCACCCGCGGAGGUGCUGCAGCUCGGCGACUUCGACGACAACGGCCGCCUCAGCAUCGAUGCCUCCAGCAUCCAGGAGACUUGCGGCGCGGGGCAUGGACCUCGUCCCCGUGGAUGCGUUGCGGCCCCUGGCGGAGCAGGGCCCCUUCCACCUCCUCAUCCACAAGCUCUACGGCGACGACUGGCGUGCCCAGCUCGAGGCCUUCGCCGCGCGCCACCCGGCCAUGCCUGUCGUCGACCCGCCCCACGCCAUCGACCGCCUCCACAACCGCAUCUCCAUGCUCCAUGUCGUCUCCGACCUCGACCGCGCCGCCGACAAGGAUCGCACCUUUGGCAUCCCUAGCCAGAUCGUCGUCUACGACGCUGCCGCGCUCGCCGACUCCAGCCUCCUCGCCGCGCUCCGCUUCCCGCUCAUCACCCAGACCCUCAUCGCCGACGGCACCGCCAAGUCCCACAAGAUGUCCCUCGUCUACCACCGCGAGGGCCUCGGCAAGCUCCGCCCGCCGCUCGUGCUCCAGGAGUUCGUCAACCACGGCGGCGUCAUCUUCAAGGUCUACGUCGGUGGCGGCCACGUCACCUGCGUCAAGCGCCGCAGCCUGCCUGACGUGUCCCCCGAGGACGACGCAUCCGCCGAGGGAUCCGUCUCCUUCUCCCAGGUCAAGUGA